AUGUCACCUUUUCGUCUCGUAUUUGGGAAAGCUUGUCAUCUUCCUGUUGAAUUAGAGCAUAAGGCUUUUUGGGCCAUUAAGCAAUUCAACUUGAAGAUUGACGAAGCUGGUGUUCAUCGUAAACUACAAAUUCAAGAGUUGGAAGAAAUUCGUAACGAGGCUUACAAGAAUACUCGAAUUUAUAAAGAAAAGACAAAAGCUUUCCAUGACAAGGUAAAUACACGAAAAACUUUUAUUGUGGGUCAAAAGGUAUUGCUAUUCUCUUCUAAACUCAAACUAUUUCCUGGUAAACUACGGUCCCGUUGGGUCGGGCCGUUUGUGGUUACUAAUGUUUUUCCUCAUGGUGCAGUAGAGAUUACAAGUGAAAAAACAAGAAAAACAUUCAAGGUGAAUGGACAUCGCUUGAAAGUUUUUUACGAGGCAUUCCAACACGAACAUGAUUCCACGGUGGAGUUGGAAUACGUGGAUUACAAAAAUUAA